UUCGAAGUUCGUUGGCCUUGGGUUAGUGCCGAUUCUGUGGUCCGAGAUUAAGCAACCAUGUCCGGAAAUCAGUACCUGUUCGUAGUCGGGGUGGUCGUACUUGUGUGCAGUUUGCCGGCCGCAUACGGUUUGGGUACGGCACCAACGCCAAAUCUGUCGCAAUUUCUAGGAGUGAAAGCACCCGCCAAUACCCUCUGCUAUCAGACCACGAUUCCCAAAGGAACCCGAACGCCGGUAACGGUAGCGAACCCGACGCCAGCGGCGGCCAUCACGUACAUUCAGGCCGUUGCAGAUCGAUUCAACAAGGCCGGUUUCAACAUGAGGAUCGUUUCCGGAGCACUUGGAGCAGUCGGUACCAUUCCCAUCACGAUCUCCGGGAAGGCCAUUCUGCCGUACAACAUAAUGGUAGAAUAUUGGUGUUAACUGUGUGGUGUGUGUGUGUGCUCAUGGUUUCUUGGCGCAAUUGUUAUCCUAAGAAGAUAAACAUUUUUGGGAUGAGUUGUCAUUUGACUAUUUAAUUUCAUAAAAGUGCAUAAAAGUUGAUAGUAUCGCGUAAGCCAAAAGAAACAAAAACUAUGAGAGAGAAUAACGUUUAAUAACAUAAAUUUAUUUUGAAAAUUUACCUUUGUAGUCAAAUUGGUACGGUAAAAGUAUGAAAAUAAAGGUGACUUGGUGAAGAAAAGGUAUUAAAAACAA